AUGGGUGGUGCCGCCGAUUCGUCAGCAGCGAUGGACGCUGCAGCGCAGAUGCGCAAAGCUGCUCUCAAGGGCUCCUCUGGUAUGGCAGGAUUGGUUCAAAAUCGGAAGGUCUUCGGAAUCGCCAUGUUUGCUUGCUUGGGAGGCCUUUUGUACGGUUAUAACCAGGGUGUUUUCUCUGGCGUCUUGACGAUGUAUUCAUUCGAAAAGCAUAUGGGCGACGCUGUUACCAAUCAGACGAAGAAAGGCUGGCUGACCGCUAUUCUCGAGCUUGGUGCUUGGUUCGGUGCAUUAUACUCUGGUCUCCUAUGCGAAAGAAUCUCCCGCAAGUAUACCAUCUUGGCGAAUGUCGGCAUCUUCUGCAUUGGCGUCGUGAUCCAGACAACGGCUGCAACCAAGGGUGGGAAUUCAUCGCACAUCCUCGGUGGCCGUUUUAUCACUGGUAUGGGAGUAGGAAGUCUCUCCAUGAGUGUCCCCAUGUACAAUGCAGAGAUCGCGCCACCGGAAGUCAGAGGUUCUCUGGUUGCACUGCAGCAACUUGCCAUCACCUUCGGAAUCAUGACAUUAAUCGAUAUUCCCGCAGGUUUCUUUCUGGUUGGUUCAUAUCUUCUACCAACGACUUUCUUCCCUGACGAGUAUAGGAUCAAUUACGGCACAAAUCAUAUUGGCGGCACGGGCCCAACUCAGAAAGACGCCGCAUGGCUCCUACCACUUGCCUUACAGCUGGUGCCGGCCGUUAUUCUUGGAGCAGGCAUGGUCUUCAUGCCAUUCUCACCACGUUGGCUUAUUCACCAUGACCGAGAAGACGAAGCCAAAAAGGUCCUCAUGAGUCUUCGUGGCCUGCCUGCCGACGAUCCACUUCUGCAACUCGAGUUCCUCGAGAUCAAAGCCCAGAGUCUUUUCGAGAAGCGGACCGAGAAGGAGAAAUUUCCUCACCUGGAACGAACCAACACUUGGAGCUAUAUCAAGCUGGAGGCUGCGGGAUUUGCUAGCCUCUUCACUAGUUGGCCGAUGUUCAGACGUGUCAUGGUAGCUACAGUCACCAUGACUUUCCAGCAAUGGACGGGAAUAAACGCAGUGCUCUAUUACGCGCCCUCGAUCUUCCAACAGCUCGGUAUGAGCAGCAACACCACCUCGCUCCUUGCCACCGGCGUGGUCGGUAUCGUCAUGUUCAUCGCAACAAUCCCGGCUGUUAUCUGGAUCGAUAAUCUCGGACGCAAACCCGUCCUGGUCGUCGGCGCCAUCGGAAUGGCAGCUUGCCACUUCAUCAUCGCGGCUAUAUUCGGCCAGAACGAAAACCAAUGGGACACGCACAAAGCUGCUGGAUGGGCCGCCGUCUCUAUGGUGUGGUUGUUCGUCAUCCACUUCGGUUACUCAUGGGGACCAUGCGCCUGGAUCAUCAUCGCUGAGAUUUGGCCGCUCAGUGUUCGGGCAAAGGGCACCGCGCUGGGCGCUUCGGCAAACUGGAUGAACAACUUCAUCGUCGGUCAGGUCACGCCCGAUAUGCUCCAGGAUAUCAGAUACGGGACGUACAUCUUCUUCGGCAUAAUCACCUUCCUUGGGGCUGGGUUCAUUGCCUUCAUGGUCCCCGAGACAAAGCAGUUGUCUCUUGAGGAAAUGGAUGUUAUCUUCGGCUCUGAAGGCACUGCCAUCUCCGACUAUGAGCGUCAGGCUGAGAUCUCCCGGGAGAUUGGUCUCGAUGAGGCUCUGGCGCGGUUGACCAAUACUGCCCCGAUGGAAGUUCAUGAUGUUGAAGCGAAACAGACUUGA